AUGGCUGGGACCAUUCGGCCACCCGGGUCUUCGGGGGAAAAAAAAACAAAAAACAAAACCGGGUUUCGACUACGCGCCCCGGAGCGGCCCCCCACGGACGCCUCCAGUUACCUGCCCUGCGAUCGCGCCCGGGCGCAGCAUUCCGGGCGGGAAGGUCGGGUAGGCUGCGCGCUCCGCCGCCCGAGCCCGCCGGCCCGGCCCGUCUCCAAGGCAACGCGCGCGCCGCACCAUGGCGACCGCCGAGGGACAAUCCUGCGGCGGCCGCGGCCUUCCGGGCUCCGCCUCCGGGCCCCGCCCCCGCGCGUCUUCCGGCCGCUAGUCGCGCCCGAGUCGGCGCCCGAGUCGGCCCCCGCGCGCCGCGCGCCCCCGGGCGUGGCUUCCGUCCUGGCGCGCGGCCCGGAGCUGCUCGCGGCCGCGGAGGACGCGGGGCCCCCGCCGCGCGAGCCCUGGGCCUCCGGGAAGCGGGGCUUCCCUGUGGCGUUUGCCGCCCAGGCGACCUCCAGUGCCGCCACCAACCCGCCCUCGGGCUUCUUGUCGCGCGACAGCGUCGCGAGUCGCCGUGAUAUCGAGUUAGGGGUUCAGCCCAAGAUCCUCUUCCUGCGGCCGCGGGCCAUGUACCCGCCGGUGCUGUUCAGCUUAAUGAAUUCCAGAGAAGUAGCAGUGAAGAGGUUUUUACCCAGGAGCCAGUUAUCUCGAGUGAUUAUUCACGACAACGUCAAUGUACAGCGAAUCUAUGAGAUGCAGAUAAGAGCGACAGACAAGAGCAAGAAAAAGAUGUGCCACUUGCAUGACCAUCUGAAAAAAAAGUUCAUCAUAGACCAGCUCAGAAAGCUGGGGCUCUGGAGACGGGAAUCCAUAGGCAUGCAGCCGUACCUGGAUAGCAUCCGGCUUUACAUUUUACAGCACCAACGUCACCCUAAGAAGAAAAAGUGGUCGAGCUAGUCCAGGCAGAAUGAUCUGCCCCAGGCCAAGAUGGCGCUGGACUGACAGGAGAACUCAAACCUGACACUAGCUGGCCUACGUGGUGGUAGAACAAUAAUAAAUGGCGACCAGCGGACUAUGGAGCAUACAAACCCUUCGCAAUUUUAAUGUUCCU